UGACUCGCCUUUCACAUGGAGCCCAGAGAUGAUGAUGACGAUGAUGAUGUGUCUUUUGCUAAAUGGAUGAGCAGCUACUGGGGUCACGGCUGGAUAGAGGAGAGUGACAGGAGACUCCGGGACCGGCACCGGAGUGGAUCUCAAGAGAGCGGCUUCAGGAAGACUUCUCUGCCUUGCUCAUUUCCUGUGCACCCAAGGAUCACACCAUCUGACAGCCAUCCUAGAAGGCGUUCUCAUGGGGACCCAGGAUUUCGAUGUUGUUCUCACUUGAGGGGCGACCGAAAAUGCUCAGGGGACAGACUGUUCCAGAACUCUCUGGAGUCAGAAGGAAGACCCCUUCCCACACACUGCGUGACUCAGGCACUCUCAGAGUCCUGCGAGCGGCCAGUGCACUUGAGAACCAAACGCUCCGUGUCCUUGCAUGUCUUUGUGUUGGUAGACAUGGGGAGUUUCAGAGGCCAUGCCAUUCCUGGGACCUUCUUCAUUGUCAUGGGUAUGUGGUGGAGCACAAAGAACUUUCUGAAGUACGCUUGCAGGAAGCACAAGCGGGCCUCCUACGUUGGCUCCAAAGCCUUAUUCCAGCGGAUAGAGAUUUCAGAGGGAAUUAUAAUCAUCCUCAUGGCUUUGACUGGCAUGUUGGGGGAACAGUUCACCACUGGGGGCCCCCGCUUCACCUUGUAUGACUAUAAAGAGAGCCGAUGGACUCAACUCACCAGCUGGCAUCAUUGGACUAUGUACUUUUUCUUUGGUCUCCUGGGGACAACAAACAUCUUAUGUUACACUGUCAGUUCACUUCCUGCCUCCUUGACCAAGUUAAUGCUGUCAAAUGCCUUAUUUGUGGAGGCUUUUAUCUUCUACAACCACACCCACGGCCGGGAAAUGUUGGACAUAUUUGUACACCAGCUACUGUUCCUGGUCAUCUUGCUCGCUGCUGUGGUGGCCUUCAUGCAGCUCUUUGUACGGACCCACAUUGUGACUCUGGACCUCUUGCUGUCAAGCUUGGUCCUGUUUCAAGGGACCUGGUUCUGGCAGGUUGGGUUUGUCCUUUACCCUCCCCGUGGUGGUCCUGCAUGGAAUCAAAUGGAGCAUGAGAACAUCAUGUUUCUCAGCAUCUGCUUUUGUUGGCAUUACGCUGUAUCCCUGGUCAUCACUGGGGUGGAUUACAUCUUUGUCACCUGGUUGGUUAAAACUCGACUCAAAAGGAUCUUCCCCUCAGAAGUUGGACUUCUGAAACAUGUAGACCGAGACCAAGAGUCAGAGGAAGAGAUGUGAUGCUGACAGACAUCUGGUCUUCCUGGAUGAACUUUUCACUUUUGGCAUUGUCUUGUUCCUGGUUUUGUCCUUGAAAAUUUGUCAAGUGAACAACGGGCUGAGGAUAAUUCUUGGUGUCCUGUUUGUGCUUCCAAUAUUGCUAAGCAUUUGUACUUCAAUGUUUUACUUGUUGGUUUGACAGUAUUUUGAGGGAUGACGGUUUUGCACACCAGUCGUGGUAUCUGAGGCUCCAGAGUGACUCUGCCCAGGCCAUCUAGCAUUUGUCGUACACUUGAUGUGAAAUAUGUUUUAUUUGCUUUACAGAUAUGCUCAAGGCUCCUGGAUCUGAAACCAUAUGUAAGUCUUUAAAUGUGGGAUUAGACCGAUUAGUCUUGUCACUUCAAUUAGAAAUAAAUGAAUAUAUGAACCUUG